AUUUACUUCAGAAUUAUGCUAACAUCGUUUCUGGAUCCUCGACCAUCAUCCUCGUCAUCAUCCGUAUCAACAUCUUCUAUGUCGUCAUCACCAUCCACGUCAUCUGAGUCUUGCGCUGUUUGUGGCGAUUCGGUUAAUGGGAAACGGUACGGUGCGCCUGCCUGCCUCGGUUGUAUCGUCUUUUUUCGUCGGGCCGUCAUCAACAAGAGUCAGUACAAGUGCUGGAAGAAAGGGAACUGUGUCAUCACCUUUGCGUCACGAUGCGUCUGCCGAUGCUGUCGAUUACGAAAAUGUUCCCAUGUUGGAAUGAAGCCGGAGGCUAUUCAACGACGAGAUCUUCUUGGACCACGCAAGCCAAAGACUAUACUCACGAAUGACAUUAGCCAAUCAAUCGAUGUUGCUCUCAAUUUCCUGUCGAGCCCACAUUCGAGCUGUGAAAGUGAUACUGGAGAAUAUUCAAACACGACGUUUGACAUUGACAGUCUCGUCCGCCUUCAACACGAUCAACGCUCGCAACACGAGGCGUACGGUAUCCAUCACAUCGACACGAUUGGUUGUUUUCAAAUGAAAAAUUCUGGAAAGUACCACAAAAGAGCCCGAGCCAGCGACAUCAACUUUGUGCUAAAAUUAGGACUCGAAAAUGCGAAUGAGUGGGGAAACCAGUUUGAGCCAUAUCGACGGUUGAGCCAGACGGAUAAGAACUCGGUUUUGUCAGAAUUCGGAUUCGCAUUUCUGUUGAUCGAUCAAGGGUAUAAAACUGCACAAAGGGCUGACGAAGGAUUCUGGUUAUUGCAAAACGAGACUUUUAUGCAUCCAAAUUACUUUUUCGCACUUUCAGUUGAGGAUGCAAUGAAGGAAAAUGCGGAACAAAAAGCAGAGCUUCAUCAUUCUUUCGUCAACGAACUUGUGAAAUGUGUAAGCGAUCCGUUCAAAAAUCUACAUAUUGACGAGUUCGAAUGUGCCAUUCUCAAGACUGUACUUUUACUAACUCCAUCAUUCCCGGGUCACGUAACCUACAAAGAUCUACAAUAUUUGCACAACAAAUGUAUGUCAGAACUCAUGGAUCAUUCAAUUCAACGAUCUCCCGACGCGGGUCCAGAACGAUUCGGGGAAAUAAUUCUGUUGAUCAGCUCAAUUCGAUGUGGUGUCAAGGCAAUUUAUAAUCAAACAAGAGUCUCUGAUAUGUUCCAUUUGAUGACUUUUGACCCAUAUGUGAGGAACAUUUUGCUCUCCUAGUUACAUUUACUCCUGGUGCUUGUCUGUACAUUCUGUUAAUUUAUUCUAUUUAUUUUUUAUUUUUAAAAACUUCCAAAAUCUCACUAUUACUCAUAUCUACCUCAUUGUGAUUAUUAUUCACGAUUUUCCUUCCAAUUUAUUAUUAUCUCUUCCAAAAAAUUGAUAAACCAAUCAAUUCA